CUGUUUGUGUGACCUUGAUGUAGUGAUAAGGGUUUUAAAUCUGGAAAGAAAAGAGCCCUGGUCACAACACACACGCACAGACAGACACAGGCAAGUUAUUAAUAACUUGCCUGUUGCUGGCCUGCUGACAGUCCUAAAAGCCUGACAUAGAAUAUUACUGUGUGUGUGUGUCUGACAGUUCCUAAAUGAAUUCCACUACUGACAUCCCCCUUUAGAUUCUUCUGUUAAUAGCCAGGCAUGGAAAAAGUGGGUGUCACCUAACUGUCUCAUUCAAAAUGCACACACACACAAACAAUAAUAUUUAUAUAAGUCAGACAGCGCACGUCUCCCUCUAACUGACAUUCACUUGAUUACAGACGCUGAAACACAGAGUCAUGGCUGACAACCACCCAGUCUGGCUUUCAGUGAAGAAGAGGGAGAAGAAAGGAGAGAGCAAACCACUAGAGAAGGAGGAGGAGCAGGAGAAGGAGCAGAAGAAGGAGAAAGUGUUGAAGACAGGAUACCAAGUUGUGAAGACGGGAUACCAACACCAACCAGGGGAGGUGAGGAAGAAGGAGGGAGGCGGAGAGAAGACAGGUGGAAUGGAGGAGAUAACAGAGGUAGCAGAAGGAGGAGUGGAAAAUGGAGAGUUUGAAACCAUCGAGCUGCCACCAUGGGAGAUCGUCACUGGGGAGCAGAUGAGUCCGUUCUACUUUAAGUUCCAAUUCCGGAACGUUGAGUAUUCAUCUGGCCGUAAUAAGACGUUGCUAUGUUACCGCGUGGAGACUCCGGAGGGCGCCACUGAUCCACUACAGGGAUACAUAGAGGACGAACACGCCACCGCACACGUAGAGGAGGCCUUCUUCACACGGGUCCUCCCCCACUAUGACUCCUCCCAGGAAUAUGAGGUCCGGUGGUACGUAUCUUCCAGUCCUUGUGCAGCCUGCUUCACCAAGAUGGCCGAUGUCCUCAGACUGAGAAAGAAUCUCCGCCUCUACCUCCUCAUGUCCCGCCUCUUCCUGUGGGAGGAGCCUGAGAUAAAGGUGGGCCUGCGGUGCCUGGCGUCACUGGGUGUGAGGAUAAGGAUGAUGAAGCCGUCUGACUUCUUGUCUGUCUGGGAAACGUUUGUAGAGAAGGAUGAGGACAUGACCUUUAACCCCUGGGAGGACUGUCAGGACAACUACCAAUACUACCAGUACAGACUCAACACCAUCCUCAAGUAAAGGUGCAGUCAAAACCAUUUCACACCCCCACACCCUGACUACAACUACAACCCCAUCUACACGUUCUCCAACCCCAUCUUCACAUCCUACAAACCCCAUCUACACAUCCUCCAACUCCAUCUACACAUCCUCCAACCCCAUCUA